UGCUGGCCGAGCAAACGGAUCGCGCCCUUUCUGCCCGUCUGGCCCUGGACGCUCCACACAGCUCACAGCACUCGCCAUUGUCGAAGAUCGCCGACAGCAAAUGUUGAUCCCAUAUCGGCCUGCGUCGAUCCAGAUUUGUGCCACCGGCAGGCCGUCGGAUUCGCCAUGAUUCAGCCCUUUGGCGGUCUUGCACGGUCGAGGCGAGGCGAGCCCACUCCCGCGCUCGGUGUCGUCGAUGCGAUUUCGUCGUGGCUCGCCCUCCCGUCCUGCAAGUUCGUCUCCAUCGUCCACCCCCAUCUGCGUCGAGCAGCAAGCGCAUCCGAGCCGAAACCGAGUGAAGACACAUCUCCGAGAUGAAGUUGGCUGCAGCGCUGAUUGCAUUGAUAUCCGUCGCCGGUUCCGUCCGUUCACUUGCUGUUCCUAUCAAGGAGCUGGUCGGCGACGUUCGGCCACAAGGCCUCCUCAAUGAAGCCGAUCUCAACCUGAGUCUCAAGGAAAUCACCAAGAAGCUCGAGUCAGGCGACUCCCAGGUCGCGAAAUCCAACGCCAUGGCCGAAAAGGCGGCUUACCCCGAUGACGAACCUGUCGUGAUGCUCGAGAAGCGCCCCCAGAAGCAAAACAGGGUGCCCCGAAAGAAGCAGCGUGGCAAGAAAAACAUGAUCGAGGAAAAAAUGAAGUCGGGCCGAGUCGCCGACCCGGCCGAGAAGCCCAGCAAGGUCAAAGGCAACGGCUCGGGCGAUGGCAUUGAAAGACUCAAGAAGACGCCCAAGAAGAAGCAAGGCGAUCCCGAGGCGAGGCUUACUCCCGAGCAACGCGAGAAGGAACAGUACUGGCGGCUCAUGAACUCCAAGGCCGAAAAGCCCGAAGACACCAUCGAGCAUGACGCGGACCCGCUGCUUCAAGCGCAGGUCAUCAUCAAGGGCAAGCCCGAGAGCGAGACCAUCAGCAAGAAUGAUGUUCUCUACGACGUGCUUGGCUCGGAUCAAGAUCCCAGCCCACUGGCCAAGAGCAAGCCCUUCCUCGAUGUGUCUGCAGAGGCUCCAGCAAGACAAAAUGACCAAGACAUGCCCUCCGACAGCAUCGAGGAGGCUUCGGUUAUUAAAAUCACAGACGAAGGCAAGGUCGAGACAGGCAAAAUGGCCUCCCAGCGAAUGGCCGAGGAUAAGCCGGACCCUGCCGAUGCAGUCGAUAGAGUCACGUUUGAAGUCGCCGCCGGUGUUUUAUCCGAGCCUCUUGCUGACAAAUCUGCCGUUGUCGAGGGUGGCCUCGAGGGGCCAACUCGUCUCGAAGAUGACCUGAGCCCCGACCUGGAAAGCAGCAAAAACGCGCCCAUCAGCCAAGAAAUCGAGUAUUACUCGGUCUCCGAUGCCUCGGGCUUGACCGACGACAACCAUACUUACGAGAACACCCAGCCGGAGACUUGGACCAGAAAAGACGAGCCCCUCGGCGCUGCUGCGGAGGCGUCCGAUCGAACUGAUCAUCUCGCCAUCUCUGCAGAGGAGUUUGAUGCGUCCCGAGACAGAGAGUUUGUCGGACUCCUCAAUGCCCCGGGUGGCAUCCACGACGAGGAAUACCGCGAUUUCAACGAGCGCUUCAUGAUUGAAGUAUAUGCCUGAGGCGAGGGGGGAAGUGCAGCAUGAUGCGACCCAUUGGCAUCGGCUCGCUUCCGGUGGAGCGCGACAGGCAUAGAUAUGUCCUCCGGGCGAGCAUAUUCGAAUCGUUGACACUUGAGAUAAAUGGUGCAUAUUUCGAGCUGGGUGGGCUUUGUUUUAGCUGUUGGGGGCGUUGCUCCCAAUGGCACUCCAAAUGAAGGAAACGAUGGAAAGUUGC